CUGGCCCCGCCUCGGGCUCUGGCUGCAGCCGGCGUCGCUGCGGCUCGGGCAGGGGAGCCAGCGCGGAGCGGGGAGGAGGAUGCGGCUCCCGCGGAGGCCCGGGGGGCCCGAGGGUCUCGGAGGGGCCGGGGGUCUCCGGAUGCUCUUCUGCCUCCUGCUGCUGAGCGGUCGCCCGGGAGGCUGCAGCGCCAUUAGUGCCCACGGAUGCCUGUUCGAUCGCAGACUCUGCUCUCACCUGGAAGUCUGUAUUCAGGAUGGCUUGUUUGGACAGUGCCAGGCAGGAGUGGAGCAGGCUCGGCCCCUUUUGCAAGUCACCUCCCCUGUGCUCCAGCGCUUACAAGGAGUGCUCCGGCAGCUCAUGUCCCAAGGACUGUCUUGGCACGAUGACCUUACCCAGUAUGUGAUCUCACAGGAGAUGGAGCGAAUCCCCAGGCUUCACCCCACUGAGCCCCGGCCAAGGGACAGACCUGGCUCAGCGCCCCGGAGACCCAGCCCCUCGGGGGAGCUAAUGUUACAGGGCAUCCCCACUGGCUCCAUGCCUGCUGCACCCUACCGGCUCCCCAGGCCUCAGGUGGGUGGAGACGGAGCUGGGGCUGGGCCCCCCCUCUCCUCUCUGCCGCCUGAGCUGCUGCCUCCCAUCCUGGAGCACCUGCUGCUGCCUCCGCAGCCUCCCCACCCUGCCCUGAGCUACGAGCCUGCCCGGCUGCAGCCCUACCUGUUUCACCAGUUUGCUUCACGCGAUGGCUCCUCGCGGGGUUCAGAGAGCACCCCGGGAAUGGCCAGUGUUGGCCCCCUGCCCAAGGCUGACCCCCCAGGCCUCUUCAGCAGAACAGCCCCCAAGGGUGUGUUUGGGGCCCACCCUGGCCUCCCCUAUGGGGACUCCCCAGGGCCUUCGCCAGCACAGCUCUUCCAGAACCCAGGGCUGCUCUAUCUGGCCCAGGAGCCACCUGUGUCCAGCAGGGCCAAGGCACCCAGGCUUCCAGAGCCAGGGGGCAGCAGUCGGGUGGGGGGCUCCCCUGAAAGCCUGGAGGAGGAAGGACCCGAGGCCCAUGGGGACAAGCCUCCUGCCCCUGCAGAACAGCCAGAUGGGACCCUGCAGAGGCUGGCAGCAGUGCUGGCAGGCUAUGGGGUGGAGCUGCGCCAGCUGACGCCUGAACAGCUCUCCACGCUCUCUGCCCUGCUGCAGCUGCUGCCCAAGGGCACAGGGCAAAGUCCGGGAGGGGCUGCAGGUGUCGGAGCUGACAUCAAGAAAACAAUGGAGGAACAGGUGGAGGAUGGUAACACAGCGGAGCCUCCACCGCCCACCCCCUCCCUGCCUGGAUACCCCACUGCCAGCCCCACCUCCAACAGAGCCCAGGCAGUACUGAGCUCAGAUUCUUCCGAGCCCCCCAAAGCUGCAGCCCCCCCUGCCACACCUGUUGUGCUGGAGAAGAAAAGUCCACUGGGACCGAGCCAGCCCACGGUGGCAGGGCAGCCCUCGGCUCGGCCAUCAGCAGAGGAGUAUGGCUACAUUGUCACCGACCAGAAGCCCCUGAGUCUGGCUGCAGGAGUGAAGCUUCUGGAAAUCCUGGCUGAGCAUGUGCAUCUGUCCUCUGCCAGCUUCAUCAACAUCAGUGUGGUGGGGCCAGCUCUCACCUUCCGCAUCCGGCACAAUGAGCAGAACCUGUCUUUGGCCGAUGUGACCCAGCAAGCUGGGCUGGCGAAGUCCGAGCUGGAAGCACAGACAGGGCUGAAAAUCCUGCAGACAGGAGUGGGACAGAGGGAGGAGGCAGCUGCAGUCCUCCCCCGUCCUGCCCACAGCACCUCUCCCCUGCGCUCGGUGCUGCUCACUCUGGUGGCCCUUGUUGGGGUGGCCGGGCUGCUGGUGGCCCUGGCAGUGGCUCUGUGUGUGCGGCAACAUGCGAGACAGCGCGACAAGGAGCGCCUGGCCGCCCUGGGACCUGAGGGCGCCCAGGGCGACACCACCUUUGAGUACCAGGACCUGUGUCGCCAGCACAUGGCCACCAAGUCCCUGUUCAGCCGCGCCGAGGGGCCACCGCCCGAGCCGUCCCGGGUGAGCAGCGUGUCCUCGCAGUUCAGCGACGCGGCGCAGGCCAGCCCCAGCUCACACAGCAGCACUCCGUCCUGGUGCGAGGAGCCGGCGCAGGCCAACAUGGACAUCUCCACCGGCCACAUGAUUCUGGCCUACAUGGAGGACCACCUGCGCAACCGGGACCGGCUGGCCAAGGAGUGGCAGGCUCUGUGUGCCUACCAGGCGGAGCCCAAUGCCUGCGCCACGGGCCAAGGCGAGGGCAAUGCCAAGAAGAACCGCCACCCUGACUUCCUGCCCUAUGACCACGCGCGCUUCAAACUCAAAGUGGAGAGCAGCCCUUCUCGGAGUGACUAUAUCAACGCCAGCCCCAUUAUUGAACACGACCCCCGGAUGCCGGCCUACAUCGCCACGCAGGGCCCGCUGUCCCACACUAUUGCAGACUUCUGGCAGAUGGUGUGGGAGAGUGGCUGCACUGUCAUCGUCAUGCUGACCCCGCUGGUGGAGGAUGGCGUCAAGCAGUGUGACCGAUACUGGCCAGAUGAGGGCUCCUCCCUCUACCAUGUGUAUGAGGUGAACCUGGUGUCGGAGCACAUCUGGUGCGAGGACUUUCUGGUCCGCAGCUUCUACCUGAAGAACGUGCAGACCCAGGAGACGCGCACGCUCACGCAGUUCCACUUCCUCAGCUGGCCGGCAGAGGGCACCCCUGCCUCCACCCGACCCCUGCUGGACUUUCGCAGGAAGGUGAACAAAUGCUACCGGGGCCGCUCCUGCCCUAUCAUUGUGCACUGCAGUGAUGGUGCGGGGAGGACAGGCACCUACAUCCUCGUUGACAUGGUACUGAACCGCAUGGCGAAAGGAGUAAAGGAAAUUGACAUCGCAGCCACACUGGAGCACGUGCGUGAUCAGCGGCCUGGCCUCGUCCGCUCCAAGGACCAGUUUGAAUUCGCCCUGACAGCUGUGGCAGAGGAAGUGAAUGCCAUCCUCAAGGCCCUGCCCCAAUGAGGCCCCAGGGAGGCGCCUCCUCCGUCCUCUGCCUAUGUGAGCAUCUAUUGUGUCCUCCCCCCACACACACUCCUCCCGCACCUAGGCUUAUCCCUACAGAGCAAGCCCAGCCCUUCCCAGAAGAGAGGAGGUUAGAGGGAGUGGGGCACGAGCCAGAGUGUGGGGUAUCCACAGGGGAGCUGGCGCUGGCAGCUAGCCAGGAGACAGGCAGUCUAUCCAAAUCUUCUCCUACCAGAGUUCCCUGGCCCCCAUCUCCCACUUUUCACAAGCCUUCCAAAAUGCCUGUGUGAGAACAACCCCUACCCCCCCAUAGAUGGAAUGGAUGGAGGGACCCUCUGCCACCCUGCCCUGCCUCUGACACCCAUGCGCAGACCUCCCAUCCCCAAGCCCAGGCCUCCUCCCACGGUCCACUCAGCUCUCCCCCUUCUGGCACAAGAGAACGUUUCUAGAAAAAUCUACUUUUGUAUCCAUGUGAAUAAAGUUUGUGUGUGGUGUGCACA